UGGAUUUUUUUUCCUUUAAUUUUUCUGAACGACAGCGUCAUGUCUGGAACAGGUUUUUCUAAUUUGACCGUGGUGGACUAUAGCAAGCUAAGCUUCCGUGUAACCGACAGGGAGGAUGAAGGUGGCACCUCGUGGACUUCACUGCGUUUCGUCUCCCUCGCGGUUUACAUCUUCACCUUCUUCCUGGGCUCAGUCGCGAAUGGCGUAGUCGUCUGGAUUACUGGCUUCAGAAUGCAAAGGACAGGCAGCACCAUCUUGUUCCUCAACCUGGCCAUAGCGGACUUUGUCUUCACCUCGUCCCUGCCUUUCAGCAUCGUAUACGCUGCCAUGGGCUUCCACUGGCCAUUCGGUAGGGUGUGGUGCAAGCUGAGCUGCGCCAUUACGGUGUGCUCGAUGUACAGCAGCAUCUUCCAUGUAGUGGCCAUUAGCUGUGACCGAUGCCUCACCAUCACAGCUAUAGUUUGGGCACAGAGCCAUCGCACGCCUAAAAACACGUGGUGGACUUGUUUACUGAUCUGGGUAACUACCAGCUUCUUGAGUUUGCCAUAUUUUUACUUCCGGGAUACGAAAAAAGAGGACAAUUUUACAAAGUGUUUCCUUCACGUGACCAUGAUGGAGCUCUUGACUCUGACUGCCGUUAGGUUUGCCUUUGGCUUCGUGCUGCCUUUACUCAUAAUUCUUAUCUGUUACUCCAUCAUUGCCUAUAAAUGCAACACCGUUCAACAUCGAAAGUCCAUCAGACCCCUGUGUACGAUUGCUGCUGUCAUUGUGACGUUCUUCACUUGUUGGGCUCCCUUCCACGUCUUCCAGCUUUUGGAGUUACAACUCCUUGAGAAUGAAAAUGCAUCGCUCAGCAGCCUGCUGAAGUACGGAAUUCCCCUUUCGGCCAGCGUGGCUGCAGUGAACAGCUGCAUGAAUCCCAUCCUCUAUGUCUGCAUGGGCCAGAACUUCCAGGAAAAGUUUAGGAGCUCCCUGUUUGGUGUUUUCUUCAGUAAGACACUCCUUAGUCAGAGAUCUACGCUACAGAUGGAGUCUUUAAUAAAUGAGAAGAUGUAG